AUGUCUUCAUCUGAAUCAUCAUCUCCUCCAAAAACCAUACUCAUAACUGGUGCAGCUGGUUUCAUACCUUCCCAUGUCACCAAUCGUCUCGUUUCCAACUAUCCAACUUACAAGAUCGUCGCCCUCGAUAAGCUCAGUUACUGUUCCAGCCUCAAGAAUCUUCAGCCAUGUUUCUCAUCUUCAAACUUCAAGUUCGUCAAAGGCGACAUCGCCAGCCCAGAUCUCAUCAACUAUCUCCUGGAUGCUGAAGACAUCGACACCAUUAUGCACUUUGCAGCUGAAACCCACGUCGAUAAUUCGUUCGGAAACUCGUUUGAGUUCACCACCAACAACAUCUAUGGAACCCAUGUGUUGUUAGAAGCUUGUAAGGUCACUAGACGAAUCAAACGCUUCAUCCACGUGAGUACGGAUGAGGUUUACGGUGAGUCCGAUCUAGAUACAGAUUUAGGGAACCAUGAAGCGUCGCAAUUGCUUCCCACGAACCCGUAUUCGGCUACUAAAGCGGGUGCGGAGAUGUUGGUCAUGGCGUACCAUCGAUCGUAUGGGCUCCCGAUUAUCACGACUCGAGGGAAUAACGUCUAUGGCCCGAACCAGUUUCCGGAGAAGCUCAUACCUAAGUAUAUUUUGCUUGCGAUGAGGGGUGAUCCAUUGCCGAUUCAUGGCAACGGAUCCAAUGUGCGAAGCUACUUGUUUUGUGCGGAUGUCGCUGAGGCGUUUGACGUGAUACUUCAUAAAGGUGCGAUCGGGCAUGUUUACAAUAUCGGGACGAAGAAGGAGCGGAGUGUCCUCGACGUUGCUCGAGAUAUCUGUAAAAUUUUCGGGUUUGAUUUCGAAAAAAAGGUACAUUUUGUUAAUGAUCGGCCAUUCAACGAUAAACGAUACUUCUUGGAUGAUCAAAAGCUCAAAAAACUCGGGUGGGAGGAACGGACUCCAUGGGAAGCGGGACUAAAGAUGACGAUCGCAUGGUACCGUGAAAAUCCCGAUUGGUGGGGAAAUGUCGGGCCUGCGCUUCAUCCUCACCCUCGAAUCGUAACAUCGAUCCCAAUAUUGCACUACGAAGAAGAGUUCUUGAUGCACUAUACGAUGGGAAGCUCGAAAAGCGAUCUUAAGUUCUUGAUCUAUGGCCGGACGGGUUGGAUUGGCGAAUUGUUGGGAAAGCGAUGCACCGAAAAAGGGAUCACAUAUGCUUAUGGUCGAGGAAAGCUUGAAGAUCGAAACAUGUUAUUGAACGAUAUACGGAGAUUACAACCGACUCAUGUCUUUAACGCGGCCGUUGUAGCCGGGAGGCCGAAUGUGGAUUGGUGCGAGACACACAAGAUCGAAACCAUUAGAACAAACGUCGUUGGAACCCUAAAUUUGGCCGAUGUUUGCAACCAAGAAGGUAUUUUUAUGAUGAACUAUGCGAGCGGAUGCAUCUUCGAGUACGAUAAGGACCAUCCUCAGGGUUCAGGGGUCGGGUUCAAGGAAGACGACAAGCCUAAUUUCACCGGAUCGUUUUACUCCAAGACGAUGGCUAUGGUGGACGAGAUGUUACGGGACUACGCAAAUGUUUGCUCGUUACGACUUCGGAUGCCGAUAUCGUCCGACUUAAACAACACACGGAACCUCAUAACGAAGAUCACACGUUACAACAAAGUGGUAAACAUACCGAACAGCAUAAGCGUGCUCGAUGAGCUCCUACCGAUAUCGAUCGAAAUGGCAAAGCGGAAAUGUAAAGGUGUUUGGAACUUCACAAAUCCAGGAGUUGUGAGCCACAAUGAGAUCUUGGAGUUGUAUAAACAAUACAUAGACCCUAACUUCAAAUGGGAAAACUUUGAUUUACAAGAACAAGCCAAAGUAAUAUUGGCACCAAGAAGCAACAAUGAGUUGGAUGUUUCUAAGCUCAAGAAAGAGUUCCCAGAGUUGUUGUCUAUUAAAGAUUCUAUCAAGAAGUACGUUUUCGAACCCAACAAAAGAGUUAAAUGA